AUGGUGAUGUAUCGUGACCAGAAACACGAUUCAUUGAGUGGUGACGACGACGAUGACGAUGCAGAGGCGACUGUUGUGGCUCAACCCGGUCAAAAUCCGACGACGAAAAGUGCUACUCAGCCGCCAAUCAAACUAGCCGCUCCGCCUCCGAAUAGUACACUGAAGUCUGCUCAAACGCAACCUCCAGCUACUAUGAAAUCGUGCGUCACUCAGCCGCCAGCUUCAGUAGCUCCGAAAUCAGCACCACCUACGAAGCCUCCCAAUGCUCUAACUGCUACACAACAGAAGCAGUUGCAGGCUGGCAUGGACGACGAUCUUAUGGGCGCGAAGACUUGUCGCAUCAACAGAAAUUUCGAGCAGCGACCAGCAGCACCGGUCGUCAACAAAUAG